AUGGGAUGUAAUGUACAAAAAAUAGUCACGUGGUAUCAAAAAAAAAUUGGAACUUAUGAUAAACAACAGUGGGAAAAAACGAUUGAGCAACGAAUUCUGAGUGGAUUUACGCAUGUUCCAAAGAAAAAUGCUAAAUUGAAGACUGAUCUUAUUGAUGUAGACUUAGUUAGAGGAUCGGCGUUUACCAAGACGAAACCGAAACACGGAUUUUUCACUGUAGCCCGUCUGGCGAUCGUCCGGCUAUUAUUUUUACCAUGCUAUUAUCGAUGGUACAUACACCAGACGUCGUGGCGAUUGUUUCUGUCGCUUUUAUGCCUUUACGUUAUGGAACUGGCAAACAUUUUGUUGUUCAGUUACGUCACGUUUGUUUCCACCGAAGAAGACACACCGCCGACUGUAACACUUGGUGAAGUACUGAGUCCAUUUAUAAUGAUGCUUGUUUUGAGCAUUGUUCAUUCGCAAAUUGUGUCCACCACUACAAUUUCAAAAAAGAACUUCCUGAAAACCCCUAGAUCUCAUAGCACAAGACAUGCUAAAAGGGGGCAUUCUACCUCAAGUAAAAUUAAAAAUUCGACUGAAAUGAAUGUAGAAAGUAUUCAAUCUUUAGUUGGUACUGAUACUAAAUAUGUGAAGCGAAGAAAUAGAAUUGGAGAAGCUUCUAAACCUCAUACUGUUGUAUGGGAUACAUCACCUGUAAAAACACGUCAUUGGGUUCUGGAAUCUCUACCUGAUGUUAAUGCUUCGUUGGUUCCCGAAGAUUUUGGUUCCGAUUUACGUUUAGUCAAUCUUGAUGAGAAAAAGCAAUUAGGAGGAGUAGACCGUAUGGACGUGAGACCUAAUACGUCUAGCUCAACACAUGAUGAUGAUGGGUUUGAAAGUUUAAAUGGCAACGGCUCCAGUGAUAAUCCCGAAGAAGAUAUUUUAACCGGUUCCACUAUUACAUCCCAAACGUCCGAGUCCACUAGUGCUGAACAAUCAAGUAGUACACCCAAACAUGAUCAACUAGUGGAAAAAGUUGAAUGUGAUGUUACAUUGGUAGCAAAAAAGGUUACGGAUGACCUAGCUAGUAAAAAUGUUUCUACUCAAAAGAGGUGUUUAAGAUUCAAAAAAACUCCAUUAACCUCUAAAGCUUCCAUUGCUGAUUUAGACCGUAGACUUUCUGCUUUCCAGACAUCUGCAUGUUUUCAGUAUGCGGUUAAUUCUGAAUCUGAAGAUAGUGAACCAGAAACUGAAAAUGAUGGUUCGACAUGUCCAAAACGUUUGCUUGUACGACGUAGCCAUCGUUUGCAAGUCCUUCAAAAGACAAAUUCUGAUGACGAUGAAGACGAUAAUGUAGAUAGUUCUUCUAGUCGUCAAACGGAUGAAGAAGGGGAUGUAUUAUCAUCUAAUGGAGGUAGUGCUUGUCCACUAUCAAUGUUGACUGAAGGAACAACUAGCGCUGGAGAAUGGAUUGGUCUUACCACAAAUACUGAAGAAGGUUCUUCUACUUCAGAUAUGGAUGCUGAACAGACUAAUUUAUUGAGUGAUAAUCAAGACCAUCCAUUUUUAUGGGAAUUUGAAACUACACCAACUGUGAUAUUAAGCCCAAGUUGUGCGGCAUCAGAUCGAGUGAGUUGUACAAUGUGGGAAAAGAAAGAAGUAAAAAAAGCUGAUUUAUCUGUAUUAGAUAUAAGUUCUGCAAUCAUUGCUAGAGUUGAAGAGAUUCCUGAACAAAUGGAUUACUUCUACUUAGGUGUUUUCUUGUCUGUGAUAAUUUCCCUAAUGCCAUCAGCGUAUAGAUUACUUAAUAGCUUAACAGAGGACAAACCUUUGCCAACCUUAGCUAUCACUGUGAAUGAACCUCCAGAGUAUGUGUACAAGCAGUAUUUGUCUGCAUUGUUUACCAUUGUUAAUGCUGCUUUUGCACCUAUUGGCUGGGAACGAUAUAUUGUGAUUACAACUUUGAUAGAACGAUUUUGUUUAUCCCUUAUGUUCUUCUUCCUAUUAACCGUAGCAGAGCGCACAUAUAAACAAAGAUUUUUGUAUGCAAAGUUCUUUUCACACCUCACAUCAUUUAGAAGAGCUAGGAAAUCUAAAUUGCCUCAUUUUAGAUUAAAUAAAGUACGGAAUAUCAAAACUUGGCUUUCCAUACGCUCUUAUUUAAAAAAACGUGGACCUCAAAGAUCAGUAGAUGUGAUUGUGUCAUCCUCGUUCUAUAUAUCAUCAUUGUUUUUAGCAAUCUUAAGUGUAGAAUUACUAAAGGAUACAUUUUCUUUGAGUUCAGAAUUUCACCUGGAGUCUUCUGCAUGGUGUAUGGUGCUAGGAAUUUACCUUUUGCGAUUUUUGACUUUGGGAACAAAAAUUAAUAGGAAAUAUAGAAAUUUAUCAACACUUAUUACAGAACAGAUUAAUUUAUAUAUGCAAAUAGAACAAAAACCCAAUAAAAAAGAUGACUUGAUGGUUGCAAACAGUGUUUUAAAAUUAGCUGCAGAUUUACUAAAGGAAUUGGAAAGUCCGUUCAAAAUUGCAGGUCUGUCCGACAACCCGUACCUAUUUACGCUGAUAAAAGUAGUGAUCCUGUCUGCUCUGUCUGGUGUACUUUCUGAGUUACUUGGGUUUAAGUUGAAGUUGCACAAAAUCAAAAUCAAAUAG